AUGGCCGCCGCAGAUGCCGCAGAGAGGCUCGCCCUGAUCCGCGAGAAUCUGACUGAGAUUCUAAACCCGGAGAUCAUCGAGAAGAUCCUGGAGGAGGGCCGCCAUCCCAAGAUCUACUGGGGCACUGCGACAACCGGCCGGCCUCACUGUGGCUACUUUGUUCCCGCCAUCAAGAUUGCCCAGUAUCUGGCUGCCGGCUGCCAUGUGACGAUCCUGCUGGCCGACAUCCACGGCUUCCUCGACAACCUCAAGGCGCCCAUCGAGCUGGUCGAGCACCGAGUCGAGUUCUACCGCUUCGUCAUCACCUCCAUCUUCAAGGCCGUGGGCGUGUCGACCGAGAAGCUCAAGUUUGUGCAGGGCAGCUCAUACCAGAAGAGCCCCGAGUACAUCAUGGACGUCUACAAGCUGUCAUCUGUCAUCUCAGAGCACGACGCCAAGCGCGCCGGUGCUGAAGUGGUCAAGCAGACGGACAAUGCGCCCCUGUCCGGUCUGCUCUACCCGAUUCUUCAGGUUUUGGAUGAACAAUACCUGGACGUCGAUGCUCAGUUUGGUGGUCUUGACCAGCGCAAACUGUUCAUCGCCGCCAAGGACUGGCUGCCCAAGCUGGGAUACAAGGAGCGUUGCCAUCUCAUGAACCCUAUGGUUCCCGGCCUCAAGGGCUCCAAGAUGAGCUCCAGUGACGAGGACAGCAAAAUCGACCUCUUGGAUGCCCCAGAUGUCGUCGCCAAGAAGAUUAAGAAGGCGGUUGCCGCCCCCAAGGUGGUCGAAGAGAACGGUAUCCUGGCCUUUGUUGAAUACGUCCUUCUGCCGGCUGCCGGCUUGCGCGGAAAGCGGGAGUUCAUUGUUGAGCGCGAGAGAGACGGCCUGGAGCCGCUGGUCUACAGCACGGUUGAGCAGAUGCACGAAGACUACAGGAAUGACGUGCUAUCACCACAACUCCUCAAGGCGGCAGUCACAAAGUCACUAAACGAGCUCUUGGCCCCAAUCCAGGAGGAGUUCCAGGCCUCCAAGGAAUGGCAGGAGAUUGCCCUCAAAGCUUACCCCCCACCGCCGAAGAAGGAGAAGAAGGUCAAGGACAAGGGCAGCCGACACCCCGGAGCCGCAAAAGCGAAAGAAGGGCAGAUAGACGUCAAGGACCUGAAGGAGGCCGUGAACGAGGUGUAA